AUGUUUAAAGGAAGUGCUGUAAAACGUAAAAUUAUUCGUAAAUUUGUCUUGCGGGUCGUCAACGACCUUUUCCUUCUUCCCAAAUCAACUCCACGCCACUGCUAAAGUACUACAAUGGCCGCCGGAGCUACCAUCGGCGGUGGCUGCACUUACCUCGAUGCCUCCUCCCUCCGUUCCCUCAUCCCACCCUCCUCCCUCAUACCCCACUUCCUCUCCUCCCUCCCUUCCCAUGCCCCCGUGGUCACCUCCCCCGUUCGCCAAAGCUUCCCCAUCGAUCCAUCAACCUCCUCCUCGCUUCUCCUCAUGCCCUCCUGGUCCUCCUCACUGCUUCUACCAUACAUCGGCGUCAAGAUGGUCACUUCUUUUCCCCACAACACAUCCUUCGGCCUCCCCGGCAUCUCCGCCUCCUACGUCCUUUUCAGCUCUUCCACUGGCGCUGCCCUAGCCGCCAUCGACGGUACGGAACUCACCCUCCUCCGCACCUCCGCCGUCUCCGCCCUCGCCGCACGCUUCCUUGCGCGUGAUGAUGCUUGCGUUCUCGUCAUGGUCGGCGCCGGCGCACUCGCUCCUUACCUCAUACGUGCCCACAGAUUUGUUCGCCCGGGGAUCGAGAGGGUCAUCAUUUGGAACCGAUCGGCUUCCAAGGCACGUGAUCUUGUAAAACGGCUUAAGGAGGAAGAGGAGGAGAAAGAAGGAAGAAAUGUAGUUUUCGAGCAUGUAGAAAUAUUGGACACUGUGCUUGGAAUCGGUGAUGUGGUGAGCUGCGCGACUAGUUCGCAUGAUCCGAUUGUGAAAGGAGGACGUCUUAAGCCGGGCGCGCAUCUCGACCUGGUGGGUUCUUUCAGCCCGACGAUGAGGGAGUGUGACGACGAUGCUUUAGUGAGAGGAAGAGUGUUUGUUGAUUUCGAGCCGGCCAUGGCGGAGGCUGGUGAGCUGGUUGGCGCUUUCGAGAGAGGGGCUAUUUCCCGUAAGGAUGUGGUAGGGACGCUGGUGGAUUUGGCCAGUGGUGUGAAGGUUGGGAGGAGAAGUCUAGAGGAGAUCACCGUGUUCAAGUCCGUUGGAACUGCUGUGGUUGAUCUUCUUGCGGGGCAACUGGCUUAUGAGACUCAUAUCCGGAGUAAUUAACCUUCUGAAUCUGAUAUCGUGCCACUAUUUGUUUGAUGUUAUCUGGAGCAGGUUUGGAAGCCUAAUCUAGAUAAGGAGAUGUAUGAAGACCAAAGAGUUACUUCUUGUCCUGUGGGACUUUGUUUCUAGGGUUUAGGAGAGUCUUUAGGACUUUGAGGUUUCUCUUUAGGGUUCGCUCAAGAGGGUUUUUUUUCCUAUUUUUCUCUUUACAUGUUUUUUCAGUGACAGCUUGGAGAGUUUGUGAGGAGAAAUUGAGUGCACUUGU